GCCAGCCAGCAGCCAACCUGCCAACACUUACUGACACUCACUCAUCUCAGAGGGAGAGGUGAAGAGGGAGACAAAAUACCUACCGGGGGAAAAAAAGGAACGGAGGAAGUCCACGUUUUGCAAACUAUUCCAUUUUUCUUCGCAUCCUACCCCACCCUCCCCCUCCCGGUAGUUAAAAAAAAGGGGGGGGAGAGAGGGAGAAAAGAACCUAUAGCUCUCCUACAAGACAAACCCCAAACGCGGAGUUACUGAGAGAAGAACCCGAGGUUAAAAAGAUUCCUCUUUUCUUCUUCAUCAUCAUCAGCCAUCAUUCAUUCACUACCUUGACAUUCCAUGGCUUUGAUUGACAGCUGGAGUGGCAAAAAGCCAUGAGACACGACAGUUUGGUUACAUGUGGGUUGCUGACGGGCCGAUCGUAACCUUCAGUUGGGGGGUUGACGAUUUUUAAUUUUUUUUAAUUAUUGCUAUUUUUUACGCAAAGGAAGAAAAAAAAGAAAGAGACAGAAAGGGGAAACGGAGAAGCAGCGCGCGGGAAAAAAGAAGAUCACAAACUCGACGGGGUUCUUUGCCUACUUUUUAUUGUUAUUGCUGUUGUCUUUUAUGAUUAUUUAAGCGUGCUGGAGAAGUCUAUAAGUGGGUCGAAAGGACAAGGGGGGAAAGGGAUUCUUCCUCUUCUUCACCACUCAAUCACUUUUUGUUGUUGUUGCUGGACUGGGAUAUUAAAUAUAGGACACCUCCAGGAGUUUAUCGGAGCGCAGACUGAUGGCGCAAAGGUACGAUGAGCUGCCUCAUUACGGCGGGAUGGACGGAGUAGGGGUACCUGCUUCCAUGUACGGAGACCCUCACGCCCCCAGGCCGAUCCCCCCAGUCCACCACUUGAACCACGGGCCGCCACUCCAUGCCAGCCAGCAUUAUGGAGCCCACGCCCCGCACCCCAAUGUCAUGCCGGCCAGCAUGGGAUCGGCUGUCAACGACGCCCUGAAGCGGGACAAGGAUGCGAUCUACGGGCACCCGUUGUUCCCCCUCUUAGCUCUGGUCUUUGAGAAGUGCGAGCUGGCGACCUGUACCCCGCGAGAGCCUGGGGUGGCCGGCGGAGACGUCUGCUCCUCAGACUCCUUCAACGAGGACAUCGCCGUCUUCGCCAAACAGGUUCGGGCGGAAAAGCCACUUUUUUCUUCAAAUCCAGAGUUGGACAAUUUGAUGAUCCAAGCAAUACAAGUCUUAAGGUUUCACCUUUUGGAAUUAGAAAAGGUCCAUGAGUUGUGCGAUAAUUUCUGCCAUCGGUACAUUAGCUGUUUGAAAGGCAAAAUGCCCAUAGAUCUAGUUAUUGAUGAAAGAGAUGGCAGCUCCAAAUCUGAUCAUGAAGAGCUCUCAGGAUCAUCCACAAACUUAGCAGACCAUAAUCCUUCCUCUUGGAGAGACCACGAUGAUGCAACCUCAACGCACUCAGCAGGCACACCAGGGCCUUCCAGUGGGGGCCAUGCUUCCCAGAGUGGAGACAACAGCAGUGAGCAAGGGGAUGGUUUAGACAACAGUGUAGCCUCUCCCGGCACAGGGGAUGAUGAUGAUCCAGACAAGGAUAAAAAGCGUCAGAAGAAAAGAGGAAUUUUCCCCAAAGUAGCAACAAAUAUCAUGAGAGCAUGGCUGUUCCAACAUCUCACACAUCCGUAUCCUUCAGAGGAGCAGAAGAAACAGUUAGCCCAAGACACGGGACUUACAAUUCUACAAGUAAACAACUGGUUUAUUAAUGCCAGAAGAAGAAUAGUACAGCCUAUGAUCGACCAGUCAAAUCGAGCAGGUUUUCUUCUUGAUCCUUCAGUGAGCCAAGGAGCAGCAUAUAGUCCAGAGGGUCAGCCAAUGGGAAGCUUUGUACUGGAUGGUCAGCAGCACAUGGGAAUCCGGCCUGCAGGUUUGCAAGGCAUACCAGGGGACUACAUAUCUCAGGGUGGUCCUAUGGGUAUGAGUAUGACACAGUCAAGUUACACUCCUCCCCAGAUGACCCCACACCCUACUCAAUUAAGACAUGGACCCCCUAUCCAUUCAUAUUUGCCAAGCCACCCCCAUCACCCAGCCAUGAUGAUGCACGGAGGACCCCCUACCCAUCCUGGAAUGACCAUGUCAGCACAGAGCCCCACCAUGUUAAAUACUGUAGACCCCAAUGUCGGUGGACAGCUUAUGGACAUUCAUGCCCAAUAGUAUAAGGAAACUCAAGGGAAGAAAAAAAAACUAUUUUAAGACUUUUGAACUUUGACCAGAUGUUGACACUUAAUACACAAUUCCAGACAGCUGUGAUUAUUUUUUACUUUUGUCAUUUUUCAUCAACAACAGAGGACCAAUGGAAACAAGAACACAAAUGUGAAAUCAUGGGCUCACUGAAAACAAUCUAUUGUCCAUGUAAAGAUCCUCUGGGGGGAAAAAGACUCCAAGAGUUAUAACUACUGUAGUAUAUAAACAUAGGAACUAAGUUAACUUGUAUAUUUCUGUUGAUCACUCCGUUAUGUUGCCUCAAAUAGUUUUAGAAGGAGAAAAAAAAAAUAUCCUUGUUUUCCACACUAUGUGUGUUGUUCCCAAAAGAAUGACUGUUUUGGUUCAGCAGUGAAGUCACUAUCCAUGAAAGACGAAAGUAUAUUUCAGACCUGUUUUGGCCAGUGAGACAAGAAUUACCCUGGAGAUGAAGUUAAAGUCUUGCUGGGUCUCUCGUCACUCAGAAGACAGUUCCAAGAAGGCCUUGCCAUCCCCUGGUUUUGUUCCUUCAUAAAUGUGUCCUUUAGUUUCAAACAGAUCUUUUAUAGUUUGUGCUUCAUAAGCCCAAGAUAUUUUUGGACUCUUUUUUUUCAAAGAGCUUGCCGGUGAAAAUUUAAAAGGACAGAGCAGGAGCCUUCUUCUAGAAGUUCUGAGCCCUUGGCUUGGGAAAAGACAAAUCGGAAGGUUGGGCAGCUUUCCUCAACAAAAGAAGAUAUUAAUGGUCUUUGCACCAAACCUAGAACAUUAUCAUGAACUCAGAGCUUGGGAAAAAGCAAGAGAAUACUGUAACAAACUUCGUACAGAGUUCGGUCUAUUAAUUGUUUCAUGUUAGAUAUUCUAUGUGUUUACCUCAAUUGAAAAAAAAAGAAUGUUUUUGCUAGUAUCAGAUCUGCUGUGGAAUUGGUAUUGUAUGUCCAUGAAUUCUUCCUUUCUCAGCACGUGUUCCUCACUAGAAAAAAAAAUGCUGUUACCUUUAAGCUUUGUCAAAAUUUACAUUAAAAUACUUGUAUGAGGACUGUGACGUUAUGUUUUAAAGAAAAAGGUGUUAAGUCACAAAAUGCGGUAAUAAAUAUUUCAUUUUUGAUUUUUUGUUAGGCCUUUGUGUUUUUAAUCAUUAAUAGGAGACUUUAUUUCCUGCGGAGAAGAGAUAAAAAAACUUGUAUUUGUUAACAAUAAUAAUAUAAACAAAACACAUCAAAGAUUAAGAGGGAUUGCAACGUGUGAUUUUAUAAAUGCCUUCGCCUGUGAUCAGACAUACGUGUAAGCUUAAUGUCUAGAGCUAAAAAUGUUUGUGUGUUACAUAUAAGUGGUAAAGGAAGCCUGUGUAUAUUUGUUUACAUUUCUAUCCCAUACUACUCAACAAUUGAGUUUUAGUUAAACAAGUCCAAUGCUGACUUGAAUGUAGAGCUUGACUGUGGACAGGAUUAUAUAAUGAACCUGUUAAUAUUAGGGGUAGAUUAGCAAGAGAUCUAACUCCUCAUAUAUCAGCUACAAACCAUUACCCUAAGUACUCUGUUUUAUUUAAUGUUUUUUAAAGAAAAAAAUUAACUACUGAACAAAAAUUAAACUUAGCCAUAGAUUUAUUAUAUCCAUAUGAUUGUUCAUAUUUACAGUUGAAUCCUAUGCAUGUAUAUCAGAAGUAUAUUCCACUGUUUUACAAUGAAGCUUGCUCCUAGGAUUGCAGCCAUAGAUACAUAUAAUCAAUAUUGUAGUACUUAAAUGCUGGUGAUUUUCAUGGGGUAUUUGUAGGGUGGACAAGAAAUGCAAACAAUGUUAUUUCUCUUCUACUUGCAAAAUCUCCUUCUAUUGUCCCAGAAAGAAAGAAAAUUAGAUUACUGAGAGAAAAGUUAUACCUGGUCUGAAGAUAAGGAACUGAUUUGUAAAUAAUUGUUUAGUUUGAUUGAAUAAGGUGUGUUUCACAACAAAAUUCUUGGGAAGGAAGAGAGGAGAGGGAUGGUUGUGUUUUCACUCAUUCUUUACUGAUGGUAAGUUAAACUCUCUUCUGGGCUGGAAUGGUGCAUUUGUACAAUCAUUUCUUAUUUUAUUAACCUGUGAUAUGUAUAGACCUUUUCCUCUUCCAUGCACACAAAUUCCUUGCUCCUCCCUUUGCAACGCACAGCAACCAAACAAGGAAGUAGCUACUUAACCAUAUUUUCCUGUUUCUUUCAAACUGGGAAACUAUGGUUACCAGUUUCAGAACAAGCCAGGAUAUUGAAUCACAGGUUGAAAUUGGUUUAAUGCUCUGACUACUUCCAGACCUGGUAACCAUAGUCUCCUGGUUUGACCAAAAAGGGGGAAUUGGGUUAAAACUACAGUAGAGGCUUCUUAAUCACAGCUUUCACAAAGGGACUGAGCAAAGGGACUGCUUGCACAGGUAAAAGGCUUGUGCAUAUCUCAGCUAAAUAAGCCCAAAUAUUUAUUUAUUUAAAAUAUUUGUUAACCCCCUUAAUCAAAAGAUCCCAGGGCCAUAUAUGAAUGAAACUGAUUAACAGACAGCAUAAAAAUACAAUUUAAGACCAGCAAAUAAGCACAUCAAAAUAGAACAAGA